AAGCCAGCCGCCAAUUACCCCUUAACUGUCAACUCCAUCCACUUGUUCCAUACCCGAUUUUAAGUAUCUCACGUUGUUUCUCUUUGUUCCUCUACCCACAAGCCCCGUAGAAAUUAGAAUGGCCGACAAACUCCAUGAAGGACAAGAUGUUUCGUGGCGUUGGGGAAGAAGCAACGUAGAAGGAAAGGUUGCAGAGAUAAUAGAAGAAGGCAAAGCUGAAGUGAAAAGUAACAAAGGAAACACAAUCACUCGCAAUGCUCGCGAGGGUGACCCCGCAGUCAAGAUCAGUCGUAGUGGCAAUGACGUAGUGAAGCUCGCCCAUGAACUCAACGAGGUUCAAGGGGCACAAGAAGACUGAUGUUUUUUCUUCCCUCUCUACCCUCUCAUGGAUUGCGACCAGCGUCUAAUAUUCUCUGCGAUAUCGAUACUAGUACCUAAGAUUGUAUUGCCUUCAUAAUACUGUGCGCAUUACAGUUCUUUUGCCGCUGGUC